UGUUACGUGCAGGACGUCACAUCAACCGAAGAAGAGCUAACAAUGACAGAAAUGCCACUGUCGCGAUCACUGGGCUUCCAAAGGAAUUUGGAUGAUGCCAGGGUGGGCGAAGAAUAUAUGGCUUUGUAUGAGAAGUUAAAGGCUAAUCAAGCUACUGCUGGACAAUUUGGGGAUCACAACGUUGGAUUUGGUACUGAUCUUACUAGACUUAAGGGUAUAUCUGAUCGCCGUCGAUCUACCCGUAUGAGUUCCCCAAUGAAAAGUAGACGGGCACGAUCACAGGCUCUCCGCAGAGAGAAACUGAACACUCAAAGUCUAAGGAGCCAUAUAGAGCAUUCUAGACACUCCAGUCUUGAACAAAGCGUGGUUUGAUUAAAUGUUUUUUAUUUGAUAACUAAU